AUGCUCACGCCCAGCACUUUUGUGUGCAUCCCCUCUGCUGUUAACAUUCCCACUCUCGACGUUGCACACCCUCGCCGCCUAGCACCCCUCGAAGAGGCUUCACAGCACCUGGUCCACGCGCGCGCCUGCUAUCUCUCGCUCGACAACAAGCACCGGAAGAAGCUCGAGGCCCGUCAGCAUGCCAGGCAUGUGCGUUUGCAGUCGUACAAGACCAUCGAGGAGCUGGACGAGUUCCGGAACCCCACACCCAUGCACUUAGCUCUGCCCUUCCUGAACGUGUUCCACGGUCUCUAUGGCGGCAGUGUCCCGCUCCACCAAGGUCCACGCACCCAUACUGCUCCACGACGCGGACAAUCACGACAACGGAGCGGAGGACGAGGAAGAGGAUCGGCCAUGUGGAGAUGGGAGGUAAUGGACGACGAGGCCAUCUACAUAGGUACAUCGUCAGUCGCCCCAAUUCCU